UGUGUGUGUGUGUGUGUGCACGUACACUACCCCUCCUACACAGAGGAUGUAGGGGGCGAGGCCAGGCUGGACUGUAUAAGGGCUGUGAGAGGCAGAGAGCAGAUAUCCAAACCUCCCAAACACACCUGCAGUCCACCACUACCACACAGACUUUUUUCCUCCAGCUGCUUGGCCACACCAGUUUAGCUGAUACAAUGGCAGAUGGAAGCUUUCAAAAGGAGUUCCUCACCACGCACAACACCUACAGGCAGAUGCACCAGAGCCCCCCGCUGACCCUGAGCAAAGACCUCAACGAGUCAGCCCAGAGUUGGGCCAAUCACCUGCUGGACAGUGGGAACAUGGAACACAGCAGUACCAGCGAUGGAGAGAACAUAUAUUGCAUGUCCAGCUCUGCAACGAUCAACCUGACAGGGAAGGAGGCUGUUGAAAGCUGGUACGGCGAGGUGAAGGAUUAUGAAUACAACAGCCCUGGGUUCAAAGGCAACACAGGCCACUUCACCCAGGUGGUGUGGAAGGAGACUACGGAGGUGGGCGUGGGUCUGGCUACAGACGGCAAGAGGGUGUUUGUGGUGGCUCAAUACAGACCUGCUGGUAACAUGAACGUCCCUGCAUACUUUGAAAGAAACGUACUUCCACAAGCUGGUGGGGGAGGCUCCAGCGGAACAGACAGCCAUGGAGGAAAAAACGACUGCACACUGCUGUAAACCCCCGCAAGGAGAAAAACGACUGCACACUGCUGUAAACCCCCGCAAGGAGAAAAACGACUGCACACUGCUGUAAACCCCCGCAAGGAGAAAAACGCCUGUAUUAGAAACAUGCUGUAGAACCCAGACAUUAAAGACCUGUGUUGGGACCUGGCUGUAGAACCCUGAUAAUUAAAAAUGAAACCGUUUCCGUGCAAUAAAGAAUGCUACAUAAAUAAUUGUAGUUUGCAC